AUGCUGAUUUAUGGCAAGCACUUCGGAAACAUUUUCCUUGGCGUGCAGCCUACUUUCGGCUACGAGGGUGACCCGAUGAGGCUGCUCUUCGCCAAGUCGGCGUCUCCUCACCAUGGGUUCGCUGCCUUCUACACUUACCCGGAGUUCAUCUUCAAGGCAGAUGCCUUGCUCCACUUCGGAACGCACGGAUCCCUGGAGUUUGUGCCUGGCAAGCAGGUCGGCAUGUCAGGCAGCUGCUAUCCUGAUCGCCUGAUCUCCGUGCUACCCAACCUGUACUACUAUGCUGCUAACAACCCGUCAGAGGCCACCAUUGCCAAGCGCCGCUCUUCCGCGCCAGCCUCUCAGGUGUGCUAUUUCGAGGGCCUCAAGGAGCUCAGUGGGCUGGUCAAGUCCUACCAGGGCCUCCGUGAGAACGAGCAGCGAGGCCCAGCGACGGGCACACCCUUAUUCCCUAAUUAA